UUUCAGUCUUGCUGCAAGUCGAGACGGCGGGAGGAACUGUCGGUCUCGGAGGCUAACGGCGACUUCAGGUUAAUGAAACAUGUUGCUGUGGUGUUGCCUGUCGUUGCUCGCCUUCAGUCAGUUGACCUCGAGCGCCAGUCCUGGAGUCAAGGUCAAACUGACAGAUAAGGGCAUUGAAUAUGGCAGGCAGCUGGGGAUCGCUUCCAUCCAGAAGAAACUCCGAAGCAUAACAAUCCCAGAUAUAUCCGGCACAGAGAGAGUGUCCGUCAUCGGCAAGGUCCAGUACAGCUUGUCAAAUAUGCAAACAGUGGCGGCGGGAUUACCUUCCUCCACUGUGGACCUGGUGCCCGGGACCAGCGUCAGACUGUCUAUUGGGAACGCCUUCAUCAAUAUGAAGGGAAACUGGAGGGUCAAAUACCGACGAAUUUUGAAGGACAGCGGCUCCUUUGAUUUGAGUGUGACAGGGCUGUCCAUCAGCUCAGUUGUGGCGGUCAAAAGUGAUGAAACGGGGCGACCCCAGGUCAGUAACGUCGACUGUACGGCGACUGUCGGCACCGUGAACAUCAAAUUCCACGGCGGAGCCAGCUGGCUGUACAAUCUUUUCAGAAGCUUCAUCAACAAGGCGCUUAGCAAUGCGCUACAAAAAAAGAUCUGCCCCCUGGUGGCUGACGCCGUGACUGAUUUGAACCCUCAGUUGAAAACGCUCAAUGUCUUGGCCCAAGUGGACAAGUACGCAGAGAUUGAAUAUUCCAUGGUCGCCGACCCCACGAUCGUCAAGUCUUCCAUCGGUUUGAGCUUGAAGGGGGAAUUCUACAACAUCGAGAAAAAGCAGGAAACUCCGUUCCCCGCUGCGGUCUUCUCUCUGCCAACCGAGGACAAGAAAAUGUUGUACUUGGGCGUGUCCGCCUUCACCGCCAACUCUGCGGCUUUUGUCUACCACACCGCCGGAGCCCUGAGCUUGUACAUCACCGAUGACAUGAUCCCUCAAAGCUCCCCAUUCAGGCUCAACACCAGAACAUUUGGCGGUUUCAUCCCCCAGAUUGCCAAAUCUUUCCCGUGUUUGUUGAUGAAACUGCUGGUAAAAACGGCGGAAACGCCCAUCGUCACCGUGGAGAGCAACAACGCGACGAUUCAAGCCACCAGCACGGUGACGGCCUAUGCCAUCCAAGCCAACGGCACGCUCUCGCCGCUGUUUGUCCUCAACAUGGAGACCAGUGUCAGUGCCAGCGUCUUUGUUAGUGGCAUGAUGCUAACUGGAAAGGUGACCCUCAACAAAAUGGAGCUGACCCUGGGGACAAGUUAUGUGGGAGACUUUCAGGUCAAAUCCCUUGACAACAUCCUGAACCUGGUCCUGAAAAUGGUUGUUAUUCCAAAAGUGAAUGUUCAACUUGCAAAGGGAUAUCCGCUCCCCACCAUUGGGAAGAUGAAGCUCGUCAACCCCGACCUUCAGAUCCUGAAGGACUACAUUCUGAUUGGGACAGAUGUUCAGUUUACAGGGUGAUGGAGUGACAUCCACAACGGAAAAACAAUCACUGCAAAUGACUCCGAGAUCCUCCACAUCUUCAGCUUUCAUUUCAAUAUUAUUGCUCAACAUUUGUUCCAGUUUCUCUUUACAUUUGAGAGUUCUUUUAAAGA